AAAAUGUUAUGAUAUCAGGAUAUCACUUAAGGAAAUUUUUUUGAAUCUUGGUUGCUGAAAUAUUGAUGGUUCUAUAAAAAAAAAUUUCCUUGUAAGGGACAUAAUUGGAACCUCAUAGUUGGGAAUUUCACCCAGUUAGAAUAUCAGAAUAUUCUAUUUCUGUAUUCAGAAACGCUAUCUUCCUUGAAGAGAAAUUCUUGCCCUUUCUAACCUUUGCCCACAGGUUUUCUGAAGGGGUUGUAUCUCCACACAAAGUAUUUUGCAGAUGGGACAGUGUGUGUAGUUGUGGUGAUGGUAUUUGCUUUAGAAGACAACCUGAAAUCAAAGGCUUUUUAUUUUAAAAUGCACUGACUAUCCUGUUAAAUGAUACAUAGUAAAAGUCAGUGAAAAUCUUUGUGAGCUUUUUUAGCUGCUCGAUUUUCAGAGAGCAGAAUCUUUUGCCUAAUUCUAAACCGUUUUAGGCAGCAGUCUUAAGUAUUAGUGCUGUUGUUACUAAUCAUUAGAAAAAGCAGCAGUUGAAUAAUGUCCAAGUCAGUCUGUAGACUGCUUCUUCAGAGGUAAAAUAUUUAGAAGAAUUUUGCAGUUUUUCUCAAUAAUAAAUGCUAAUGCUGAGCCAGUGGAUUUUAUUGUGCCAAAAGCUGUCCUGUUUAAACUACUCUCUUGGGCUUCUAAAGAGAUGAUUCACUUGACUUGUUCCAGCAGCAGUAAUUUUUGGUAUGGAAAUCUAUGUUAUACUAACAACUGGGUAGAUGAUUUUUGAGAGAUUGCCAAAUUAUUACAAGCUUCAAAAAAGGCUGCUGUUGUUGGAAGAUCGGAUAGGCCAGCUUCUGGGAGGCAUACAAGUAAUAUAUAUUGAAGAACUGCAACCCCUGUUGACUCUAGAAGAGUAUUACAAGACUCUGGACUCUUUCUAUAAUAAAUUACGUGACAGUAGACUACCUUUUCAUCCUCGCAGUCUGCGAGGCUUGCAGAUGAUUCUGGAAAGCGACAGAUAUGCACCAAGCUUGCAUGAAUUUGGACACUUUAUGAUCCCAACGGUCUGUGAUCCAGCAACCCUUCAAUGGUUUAUUUUUGCCAAAGCACAGGAAGCAAGAGAGAAUCUGAAAAGAAAGGAGGAGAUGAUGAUUACAGAGAGAGAGUUAACUGAUACUUCCACUGAAAGAUUUUCUCUGGAUCGCCUGUAUAAGGAGCCCAGUGUUUCCAGUGCACAGAUGAUAGAUUGCUGUAAGAGGUUGCUAGAAGAAUCCCUGCCGUACCUACAAGGCAUGCACCUUUGCAUUUCUCACUUCUACUCUGUGCUGCAGGAUGGAGAUCUGUGCAUACCUUGGAACUGGAGAAACUGAGGGACAUAUCUGAUAAUCAGAGGAAUUGCUUAUUUUCCAUAAGAGGCUAUAAAUAUGAAUGUUUUUAAGAGUAAAUUAUUUAAAUCUGUAUUUUGAUAUCAGUAUUCAACCCACAAACUUUCUUUGAACUGCUGCUCAAAAAGAAUUGGAGUCCUGGACAAUUUGCACAAUGCUCAGUAUUGAUAGUUCUGGAAAGACAUUUGUACAUUCUCCAUACUACUGUAGGAAUCCCAGUGUAUGGUAGCAGCUGUGAAACUGUGGUGGUUUUUUUUUUUAGUGAAUGAUGAUAAUACAUUAAAUUGCAAGUCUGCAAAAGUG